AUGCAGUCAUUUCCGCCUCUACCGCUCUCCAGUGGACAGUCAACGAGUUCUAUAUACGGACUUGACGAGGCGGACCUGCAAGAUAUCCCUCUCCUCCCUGCCCUGGGACUCGAAACUCCGAUCGCGCCUGAAACCGUGUACGGCACAGAAAACGCACCUUCCGGAAGCCAAUUCGAAGAUGAAAUUAUCUCAAGCCAUCUAUCAUCUAGGGUUCGACUCAGCAAAACACCGAUAACUACCGAGCAUGAACUAAGUGCUAUUGAUGACGUAUUCAAAGAGGUCUUUGAAGGAAUGUCGUACGGCAAAGAACGGCUACCCCUUGUUCAUUUCGUACAAACCCAAGCAGGGCAGAGAGCGGAUGUUUUGAACACUGUCGCCAACAUCUCCCAGUUCUAUCUCACUAGGACUAUGGAAACGGAACAGGUUGUGUUAGAUAUGGUUAAUCAUGAAGUGCAACAACUCUACUCCAAGUGUUCUACUAUCCAGCGGGAGAAAUUGAGCCGUGUCGAGUUUCUCUCGGCUUUUCAGGCCGUUGUCAUAUAUUCUGCGAUGCGCAUCUACAGCCUAAACCAUUAUGUCAAUGAUCUUGUGGACACCAUCGCCAUGACUUUUACUCAGUAUGUACUACGCCAUAGCAUGCACUGUCUAGAGCCAGAGAAGAACGUGCAGCCCGAGAACUGGAGGAAGUGGAUACAGGACGAGAGCACACGGAGGUUGACUUCCCCCAGGAACUUCUUUGCUCUACAUGCUCUGAAUGUCGUGUCAAAUUCGCGCAAAGGCUUCUCGACGACCAUGUGUCAUGCUUUUCCCGAGGUGCCACUGCCCUACCCAAGCCAUGUGUGGGAAGCCGUCUCUUCCGAGGCUUGGGCAUUUCACCACCGGAGCUGGGACACGUACUGCGGUAAGCCGCUGCUAGGUAUAGAUCUCAUUCACUGGGCAAACGGAAAACACACAGGCCGUGAGGGUCACAUUCAUGCAUGGCUGACGACAACCGGGCCGUUCGGCGAGAGCAUUCUAACGAGUGCGAAGGCGCAGUUGUCUGCUUCCUUCGCCAUCCGACCAGCCUGA